AUGCUCAAACUUCCGCAUCUUUUAGACGCCAAAAGGCGUGACAGUUCCGACGCUAUGGUUGACCCGUCGCGGCAGUCGCCUCAAUCCCCGAUGACCACUACUUCGUCAACGCCUGUCUCACCCGCGGUUUCACUGUUUUCUGCCAAAGGACAUGCGCGCUUCUCCAGUUCCGUGUCCUCCUUGGUUUCAUCCCCCGGCCACGGGAAUUCGAUGGAAAGCGCCUCCAAAAAUCCCUUGACAGGAGUGAAGGAAGAGUAUUCUUGUGGGGCCCACGCGAGGGAUCUUGAGGAGGAAUACUUCCUAGAGCACUUCGACCAAGGCUUGUCGGAAGUGGAAGAUUCAUACUUCUCCUCCGUUGAUUACUCGGACGGCUACGACCUCACUGAUGCCGGUAUGGACAUCUCCCAUUCUCCGAAGAAGAGACGCUCCGACAGCAUUUCGAUCAAAGGCCUUUCGCGCAUCAGUUCUCAAAUCUCGACCAUCUCCUCGCGCUGGAAAUCUCGACGUGCAUCCGGUGGACCGGACGGUGUGGAUACGUUCUCAACCUCGCUGCGAUCCCGUACCAACUCAGCCAGUUCCGUCUUGGUCAGCCCGACAGUGGGUUCUAUCAGCCGCGUUGAAUCUUUUACGGUGCCUCCCUCGCCGGCAAGAACGAUCUUCGAGGAGCGGAUUAGCGAAUCGGGAGCGCAACCCAUCGACAUCGCCAAAGCUAAUCGUCAUGACCCGGAGGAAUCGGCACCCCAGGCGACCACUCCGCUCCUGCCGCCCUUCAUGGGAGACGAACCUGUUUAUCCGACCACAUCCCGGGUUCAUUCGCCACUGCAGUCGCCUUCCGUGGCCGACAUGUCGGAGGAUGUCCCCGAUGCCAAUGUACUCCAGGACCCACGCCUCGCAACGCUCCCAUCACCAUCGCUGUCCUCCAAGCCAUCUGUCGCAUCCUUCAACCGACCUCGAGCUGGCACGGCACGAACCGUGUCGGGUGAGGCACCUCCGUUUAUUCUAUCGGACCCAAAGGACGAGUGGGCGAAUAGGCUGGGACAUGCCAACUUCAACAUUCAGCCCGAGCCGUACAUGCCCGAGGUUUACGACCUGGAGUCCUUCCGAUUACUGCGCGCCCAGUGGGAUCUCGCCCAAUGCAAUUUUGCGAAACAUCUGGUCCGGACGGGCGAACAUUACGGGAUCACGUCCAACAUCUACAAGCUGACGGAGGAGAAGUGGGAGUCGAUCAACAACGAAUGGAGACGUCAGCACGAAGCCAUGCUCUCCCAACUCGAGGCCACCGAAGGACCCCACCUACGUCUAGUCAAUUCUCACUGCGAUCCGUAUGAGCAGUUCAAGAUCCCUCGCCUGCAUGACGACAAGUUCCCCGAGCUGGGUGACGGCGAAAUCGUCGGCCCCAUGAAAAUCGCACCGCCGUCGACCGACUCUGGACUGUGUCGCACUCAAUCCUUGAAACGCAAUUUUCUCAAGUUCUUCCAGGACCUUGUGUCUCGGUCCUAG